AUGGACGGAGCAGAGGUUGCGAAACAUAACACAAGCAAGUCGUGUUAUAUCGUGCUCCGGGGAAACGUGUACGAUGUAACUUCUUACCUUGAAGAACACCCCGGCGGCGCUGCCAUUCUCCUAACCAACGCCGGCCAGGAUGCUACUGCAGAAUUCAGCAAGAUUCACUCACCUGAUGUUCUCGAAUUCUUGCCCGAGGGCAGCAACCUCGGCCCCGUCGACACGGCAACGCUGGCAGCACUGACGCCGGCGCCGCGUGUAUCUGCUGCAAUCGAUGCGCUAGUGCAAGAGGGAGAAGUGCCUCAUCUGGCCACGUGCGUAGACACACACGACUUUGAGCGCGCCGCAAGAUUGACCAUGCCCGCGCCCACUUGGUCCUACGUCUCAUCCUUUGCCAACGGCGGGCACUCCAUGCAGGGCAACCUGGACUCGUGGAAUACCAUCACAUUCCGUCCCCGAGUGCUUCGCGACAUUACCAAAGUCUCGACCGAGACGUCCAUCCUUGGCCAGGCUUCCUCACUUCCCUUUUACAUUUCUCCAAUGGGCCUUCUCGGCCGAUCCCACGAGCAUGCCGAACUUGCCCUCGUGCGGGGACUGGUCCGCAGCGGUGCCCAUGCUGUCAUCAGCACUGUGUCCACAAGACCCAUGGAAGACAUUGCCACCACCUUACGAGACUGCGUGGUCCAAGAGGCCGGUGGCCCAUUACCACAGCUCCACUUCCAGCUCUACACGAGACCAGAGCAAGAGCCUACUCUAAACUACAUCCGCAGAGCCAAGGCGGCCGGGUACAAGUCACUCUGGGUGACUGUUGACACGCCCCUCCUCGGGAAACGAACCAUAGACCGCCGGCAUAUGGCUCAGGCAGCGCUCGCUAUCGGUUCCGAGCAGCAGGCAUCCAAUCUCAGUCUUGGUAUCCAGAGCUUCACCACGCAAGCCCAGAACGGCGCCCUCAAGUGGGAAGAUUUGAAGUGGAUCAAGGAGGCGUGGGGAGGACCGCUGGUUCUCAAGGGCAUCCAGACCGCCGAAGAUGCCAAGCUGGCCGUGGACUGUGGGUGUGAAGGCAUCCUGCUGUCCAACCACGGCGGCAGGCAACUUCACUCGGCCCCCUCGGCCCUAUCGACUCUAGUGGAGAUUCGCCUUCACUGCCCCGAGGUAUUCGACAAGCUACAAGUCUUUGUGGACGGAGGUCUUCGUGACGGAGCCGACGUUCUCAAGGCUCUCUGUCUGGGUGCCAAGGCCGUCGGUGUUGGCCGUCCAUUCAGUUAUGCACUGAGCGCCUACGGUACUGCUGGCGUAGAACGAUGUGUCGAUAUUUUGGCCGAAGAAUUACGCACAGCCAUGGCCUUGGUUGGGAUAACGUCUCUGGACCAGGUCCAUCCAGAUCUGGUUAAUGCCUCUCGUCUCCUCAAUGAAGCUUGGCGGCCAUGGGGAAAUCAGACAAUAAAGAGUCGUCUGUGA